AUGGAAGGUGAGCUCAGAGGAAACCCAGCUCGAGUACUCUUGACCUUAUUGACGUGCAAUGGAAUGACCCAGUGGGUUGAUGAUCAAAAUAAUGUCUAUGGUAGCGCCCAAUGUGAAUUUCCUUGCGAUCAGUGCACAAAUUUGACCAUGGGCGCAAUGACAUGUCCUGUAGGAUUCGUAUGCACUACUGUUGUCACUCAGCCAGGUCAAUGUCCAAUUGCUGCUUGUCCCGAAGGAGUAAUGAGGGCAUCACCUGGCGAAGUGAUUGUGCCCUCUCUUACUUGCGAUCGUAAUGCGCAGUGGAUCGACAUGCAGCAAAAUGUCUACACUUCUGCUCAGUGCGAAGAUUCAAUCGCAAAUAGCAAAUUUAACACUGCAGCAAAUGGUGAUCAGUCACACUUCCCCACCUCUAUCGUCAUGCUUGUAGAAUUGGUGAUUUUUAUACCGGUUGGUUUCCACCGUUUCCCAGAGACAUUGAUCCUCGCGCAUUGGACAGACACUUUUGAUGCCCUCACAAAAUUCUUUGUUAACCUAGCCCCUCUACACUAA